AGCCAGAGUCGAAGCCAUGAUGUGUGAUCUGGCCCGACUCUGCAGUGUCAGGGAGUUUGCCCAAUCUUUCAAGGCCAAGAAACUGCCCUUGCACAUCCUGGUGUGUAAUGCAGCUGUGUGUACUCAACCCUGGAGGCUGACAGAGGACGGCCUGGAGUCCACCUUCCAGAUCUGCCAUCUAGGUCACUUCCUCCUUGUCCAGUGUCUGCAGGACGUGCUGCGACGCUCAGCGCCUGCCCGUGUUGUGGUGGUGUCCUCCGAGUCUCACAGGUUCACAGACCUGUUAGACUCGUGUGGAAAGGUCGACCUGGCCCUGCUGUCUCCACCCAAGAAGGAAUACUGGUCCAUGCUGGCUUAUAAUCGAGCCAAACUCUGCAACAUCCUCUUCAGCAAUGAGCUCCACCGCCGCCUCUCGCCUCACGGCGUCACCUCCAAUGCGGUGCAUCCUGGGAACAUGAUUUACACCUCGAUACACCGGAGCUGGUGGCUGAUGACGGUUCUCUUCAUGAUGGCCAGACCUUUCACCAAGUCCAUGCAACAAGGAGCAGCCACGACGGUGUACUGCGCUGUAGCCCCGGAGCUGGAGGGAUUAGGAGGCAUGUACUUCAACAACUGCUUCCGCUGCAUGCCGUCCGCACAGGCCCAGGACCAGACCUGCGCUGCCAGUCUGUGGGAGCUGAGUGAGCGGCUGGUUGCAGAGGGGUCAGUGGGUGUACAGGCCCUCUGAUGCACGAGAGGAGGGAGGGAGGAGGAGGAGGAGGAGGAGGAGGAGGAGGACUAGCCAAACAGGAAUCAUAGAGAUAAGAUGGUGGGUCUUGAUGAUAUCCAGUUAGAUAUAAAGUGAAAGAUAACUGCACUAUACAAGAGCUGCCAACCACAGAAAGUCCAUCACGUCACUACAGGGGCUAAAAUACUCUACAUACACACACACAACAGGAAUGUGGGGGUUUUUUUUUGUGUUU